GCUUCUUUUAAACUUGUAUAAAUUCAGAUUUUGAGACGCGAGUUGCAUCAGUUGCAGCGCAAUUGCUUCAGGGUUUCAGGAUGUUCCGUUUGCUUGUUCUCGCUCUGGUUGUGGCCGUGGCGGCGGCGCAGGACCCGGCCAACUGCAGGUGCGGCGCCUUCAUCACCCUGGACGGCGGCGAGAAGUUGCUCUACGAGCUGCCUGCCCUCGAUAUGGGCGGCUGUGACCAGAACCACAAAUGCCAAAACCGCUGCUUCAAGGAGUUCGAGGAGCUGUCUGGAGGAGGAGACUUGAACUUCAUUACCUCCGAUGGCGUGACGCCCGUCGGUCAGAUCUUGUGCACGGCGGUUGGGGAGCCAGUCCAAAACGAAUAUGUGUACGCCUAUUCAGAGAUCUGCGACGGCCCCUGGGAAUGGACAGGCGACCAGACCAUGCAGCCCCUGUGCUGCAGUCAGGAUCAGCAGUACCAGCCUUGCCCCUAGUAGGGAGGGGGCGAGAGACAAGCCAGGUCCACAUGGCAGACUUAGUACUGCUCUGAGACGUUUAAAACUUACCCGCAUUUCUACCCUUUUCUUUUCUCUUACUUUCUUAUCUCUUUUUCUUUAAUUCCCUUUUAAAGGAAUGAUAGUAGAUUUCAAAAUAAACUGAUAAGCAUC